AUGGCUCAUCCAUGUAGCGCCUGUAUGGCUUCUCUCGAGCCCGAGGAUGGCCACGACCGCUGCCCCUCUUGUCUUGGUCUCGAGCAUUUGAGGGAGGGUCUCAUGCAGGACGCCUGCAUGAACUGUAGCUGCAUGCCGUGGGCGCUUAGAGCGGCCAGAGUCGCAGAGGUGGAGUGUCUGGCAGCAGCCAACGGACACCUCUCCUUGUCGCAUCUUCCCCCAGGUCAGUUUGGCCGUUCCCGGCGACCCGAGGGCGCGAUGGCUACGGGUUCGCCCCCCAACAGGCUGUCCUCUAAGGUGGAUCGGUUAGCCGCCGACAUGGACAUGAUGAAGUCGCUCCUCUUAGCCCUUCAACCAGGGGCCGGUAUAGGGGCUGCUGGCUUGCCGCCUGCCCCUCCUUCGGUUGCCGCACCUCUGCAUGAGGAUGCCAUGUCACUAGCGGCCUUGGCUAACCUCUUCAACGAAGAGGUGGAGGACGAGGCCCCGCUCACUUCCGGGGAGGCUUCCCACUCCUCUGCUCAGGGCUCUCUGCAGGGCGUGGAGGACGCCUCCAUGGCGGCCAUUAUUCGUGCGGCCCUGGCACACUUGCAGCUUCCUGUUCCGCAGGCCGACGCGGCUCAGGCUAGCGCCUUCUUCAGGCGUAGCCCUACCCCUGUCCCCCUCACUGUUCCUCCUUCGGAGGAGUACCUGAGGGAGCUCCAUGCAUGCUGGAGAGACACCAAGACCCUCUCCCGCUUCAGCUCUGAUGCCCGGACCCUGGCUGCCAUGCAGGAUCCGGCGAGGGUGGGGCUGGGUCGCAUGCCACCCAUCGAGCCUGCCAUCGCCUCCCUGAUUCUGGCUCCUGAUGAGGCCCUAAGGCCUGAUGCCAGGUGCCCUCUGCCUCAGUGCAGGGUCACUGAUGAACUGCUCUGUAAGGCCUAUGACGCAGCGGCACGCAUGGGUCGUAUCGGGAACUCUCUCUCCCAUCUAAUGCUGGCCGCCUCCGCCGCUCUGCAGCAGGCUCCGGCUGAGCCUUCUUUGCUGGGCCUCAGUGACGCUUCACUGCAGGCCUUUUGGUUGGCUCAGUCACCACUAACGGAGACAUGUAGGAGUGUCCUCCGCGGCGUGCCGGUCGAACCAGGGGAGCUGUUUGGAGCAGCUGCCCUGGCGGCACUAGAGCGUGCUGCCCAAGCUAGACAGACCAGGCAGCAGCUCUCGGGUCUACGUAGGCCUGUGCCUACUCCCAGCAGGCCCAGGGGCCCCUCUAGCAGCCGCACUCUGCCACUGGCUUUCAGUGGUGGUCUGCGGAGGUCCCAGCGGUCUACUCAACCGCCUCCUAAUGACUUUCGUGCCCCCGGUCGCCAGCCUGCUAGGCAGCCCCGUGCCCCACAGCCUUACCGCCGCCCCCCAAGGGAGCUGUCCGUCCUCUUGGCCAAGGGCGCAAUCGAGCCAGUGGACCCCCUGCUUCAGUCCGGGGGAUUCUACUCGGCGUACUUUCUGGUGAGCAAGAAAGUCGGCGGAUUUCGUCCAGUACUGGACCUCAGAGGAAUCAACAGAUUCCUGAGGGUGCUGCCCUUCCACAUGCUGACCACAGCAGACACCCUCCGUGUUGUCACACAGGGGGAGUGGUUCACAACCGUGGACUUGAGGGACGCCUACUUCCACGUGCCGAUUGCGUCCCACCACCGGAAGUUCCUGAGGUUUGCCUUUCAGGACCAGCAUUAUCAGUUCCGGGUACUUCCCUUCGGUCUCUCCCUCUCUCCAAGGGUGUUUACCAGGGUCGUGGUGGCAGCUCUCGCACCCCUGCAGGCACAGGGCAUGAAGGUCCUGCCGUACCUAGACGACUGGCUGGUUUGUGCGCCGUCCCGGUCCCAAGUGGCCCAGGAUACGGCGCGCCUCUUAUGUCACGUAGCCCGGUUGGGCCUGACAGUAAACACCGGGAAGAGCUGCCUGGUCCCCUCCCAACAGGUCACUUACCUGGGGUUGGUCCUAGAUUCGGUCGCCAUGAGGGCCUGCCUAACACCUCGUCGUGUGGACGACAUUUCCCACCUUCUCCCCAUCUUCAGGCUGGGCAAGAAUGUGCCUUACAUUCAGUUCCUCCGGCUCUUGGGCAGACUGACGGCUGCCUCAGCCGUUGUGCCCUUAGGUCUGCUGUCGCUGCGCCCUAUGCAGAUAUGGCUGAACAGCCUUCACUUGGACGCCAAGUGGCACAGGCACAGGAGGGUCAGGGUGUCGCGCCAGUGCCUUCACUCUCUGUCACGCUGGAGAAACAGGGCCUAUCUUCUGAUGGGAGCGCCCAUGGGCGCCAUCCCAUCCCGCCGGGAGACUGUCACUGUAGAUGCAUGUCUCUCAGGGUGGGGUGCGGUGUGGCAGGGCAGGACUGUUCAGGGUCUGUGGUCCGCCCAGGAAGGUGCAUAUCACAUCAACGUGCUAGAGCUUCGCGCUGUGCUGCUUGCGCUCAGGCACUUCUUACCCCAACUGACGGACAGGCAUGUGCUUGUUCGUUCGGACAACAUGUCCGCGGUUUCCCAGAUCAACCACCAGGGGGGCACCAGGUCCGCACAGCUGCUCCGGGUUUCACAGAGCCUCUUGUCUUGGGCGUCUCCCCGCUUGGCCAGCCUGCGGGCAGUCUUUCUACCAGGGGACCAAAAUCAGGUGGCAGAUUUCCUCUCUCGGCACAAACCUCCACCAGGGGAGUGGAGGCUUCACCCAGAAGUGGUGGAGACAAUCUGGAGCCUUUUCGGCAGGGCCGAGGUGGACCUCUUUGCCUCGGAGGAGUCGAGGCACUGCCCCCUCUGGUUCUCCUGGGCAGAGGUGACCAGCCCAAUGGGGCAGGACGCUCUGGCACACGACUGGCCAGACAGUCUCCUGUACGCCUUCCCGCCGCAGCCGCUGUUAUUACAGACGCUUCAGAGGGUCCUUACUCAGGGGCACAGGCUCCUUCUGGUCGCCCCCCGCUGGCCGGGGAGAGUUUGGUUCCCGCUGCUACGCAGUCUCUGCUGCGGCCCACCAUGGCGCCUCCCCGACAGGAAGGACCUUCUGUCACAGCUCAGGGGUCAGAUCUGGCAUCCCGACCCUCACCGCCUCCAGCUCUGGGCUUGGCCUCUGCGGGGCCCAACCCACUGUUGAGUGCUUUUUCGGCAUCGGUCAGGGAAACUAUCCUGAAUGCCAGAGCACCAUCCACUCGAGCACAGUACGAGUGCAAAUGGAAGCUCUUCUCCCACUGGUGUUUGGGUAAGGCUGAGAAUCCGGGGCAUUGCUCUGUGGCCACCAUUCUGGAGUUCCUGCAGUCCCUUCUGGAUAGUGGACGUUCUCACUCCACUUUGAAGGUAUAUACGGCUGCUAUCUCUGCCCAACAUGUCGGGGUCGACGGCG